CAGCUUCGAUUCCUUCCGUUGCCAAAGCGAGCAUAAAGCACAGCUGGGAUUUCUUCUUGCCCCCUUCCCCUCCCCCUGCCCUUCCCUCUCCUCUGCACGUUUUCUCCCAACGAUAAUGCUAACCUUCCAAGAACACGAUCCCAUCCUCAACGACGUGGAUGACGACGACGGAAUGCCACCGCUCGUCGACAAUCCAAACCCAUCGAUGACGUUUACCUUCUUCACAGAUAUGACGCCGAUCACAGCAUUCAGUUCUGAUCCGACCAUUCCGUUCGAGACUGUGUGGGACAGUCCCAUCCCUCCCGAACCUCCCGUAGAAACAGCAGAACCUUUGGAACUUCAGCCAGCGUACAACGGUGGACCCGAACGAACGAGCCACAACAAAAAACGCGACGCUUCAUACAUUCCACGCCCUCCGAACGCCUUUAUCCUUUUCAGAUCCUCGUUCAUCAAGAGUCAACAAGUUCCAGAGAAAGUGGAAGGGAAUCACAGCACCCUCUCAAAGAUCAUUGGCAAAUACUGGAAGACCCUCCCUCGCGAAGAGAGGGAGGUAUGGGAAGCAAAAGCGGUGGUUGCACAAGCGGAACAUAGGAGACGUUAUCCUGAUUGGCGAUUCCGACCCGGAGCUAAUGCGCAUGCCAAGCUCAAAGUCAAAGACGGACCUGCGAACACCCGAAAACGAACUUCCCAUGCUGGGCGAAAAGGCCGAGCCGAGGCGGGGGUGAACAAGAAAAAUGAGGACGCACGGUGCACCAUCAUUGUAGACUUACUCACUGAAGGAAAGACUGGUGUGGACUUGGAAGACGCUGUCAGGAAAUGGGAGGACAGCAAGGGGGAUACCAUAACGGACUUGAACAAGGCACAAGUCGUGGAGGAAAGGAAGGGGGACGGAGAUGAAGCGUUGGCAGUGCCCAGGAAGGAAGGCGUUAUCUGCGAAGAAUUCACGAGUCGAAACAACGGGGAUCAGCAUAGCAACAGUCCGCAUCCCCGCUCGCAAACGCCUGAUGCUGUCGACAACCGCUUCAAAAUCCCCCUCACAGCCAUGUUUAGGCGCUCUCUCUCUGCUCCAGCAUCACACGCUCCUAUAGAAUCACAAUCACCCCCGCCUACAAACGCGUGCCAUGGCUUACUGGGCAGUGCUUUCGUCAGCAUCUCGUACGAAACAUUCGAACCUCAGUUCAGUAGCAGCUGCAAUUCAUCCCCAUACAAUGUUACCAAUGGACAAGGACACCAACAGUAUGACACUACACAUGCUAUGUUCGGUGAACCCAUCGGCGACCUCUCUCUGCUUGUACUUCCCUCUACUCUCGGAGAAGGUGCCCCAGCACGAUGGAAUGACCCGUAUAAUCUCCUGAAGACAUCGACGAGCGCUCAUCUACCGCCACCCGUGUGUACCUUACGUAGCCCUCUCGAGCAACCUUCCGCAUUCUAUGGACUGGGGGAUCUGGACGAGACCAAUGUCAGCGCUGCUUCACCGGACGGGAUGCAAUGCUCACGAUCGUAUAACAUCCUCAUGAAAGACUGGUCGGACCCAUGCAUAUCCCCGUAUACCCAAUCGCCGAUCUUCAAUCAAUUCGAGGGUAGCCACACUGUGUAUGAUUGGUGUUCAGGUGGGGAUGGCGAGGCGAUGUUUGUAACCAUGGCAACGCCCAUGGAGUAUGCCGCUAGCGAAUUAGGUGGGGUUGAACUUGUACGCUUGCAUGGUGGCUAUUCUGCAGCAGUCAAGUACUGAGAUAUCCAAACAUCCCUAGAAUGAGAUCAGUGGAUUCAAUCUGAUUCACCAGUUUUGGAUGUGUUGACAUGCUCAUCUGCUCUCUUAGUUAUGACCGUUUCUUCAGUGUGCAAUACCGGUUUCUGUUCCUCUCGUUUUUGACGUCAGACAUUUCCCCCCUAUGCUUUGCCGCUUAUAUCCGUGUUCCUCUCACCAUGUGUUCUGAAUCUGUAACGAU